AUGAGUUUUAUCAACAAUACUGUCGAAAAAAAGACUGGUCUCGAUCUCAAUCAAGAUGGAUUUGUUGGAGGCGAGAAAAAUGCUGAAAAACAAACUGGUAUUGAUUUCAGUGGUGAUGGAUAUAUCGGAGGCGAAGGUAUAGGAAGCAAAAUCGAAAAAGCAGCUCAUGUUGAUCUUAAUAAGGAUGGUAUCAUUGGCCGUCCACAAGACACAUAUCCUGGUGGUUAUGGAGGUCCUCGUUAA